AUGGGCUAUCUAUGCUUCGUGCAGUCAUCAGCUGCCUUAUCUGCCGCUAUUCUCGUUGGUUGUAUUUGCAUCAUAUACUUGGCUGGUCUUUUAUACUACCGGUUGUAUCUUAGUCCCCUUGCCAAAUUCCCCGGACCGAAAAUUGCGGCGGCUUCGAAAUGGUAUGAGUUUUACUACGAUGUCAUACGGCGGGGCCAGUUUACUUUCCAGAUCCAGAAGAUGCAUAGAGAAUAUGGUCCAAUUGUCCGUAUCAAUCCACAUGAGCUACAUAUCGAAGACAGCAACUAUUGGGACGAGCUCUAUACUCGUUCCAAGGAGUUUGAAAGAUAUGAAUGGAUGCUAGGAAGAUUUGGGGCCAACACGACGACAUCUUCGACAGCCAAAAGCGACCUUCAUGCCAUUCGUCGGGCUCCCCUUAAUCCCAUGUUUUCCAAGCGGAGUAUCACCAAGGUGGAGCCUGUCGUACAGGAGAAGGUCGAAAUUUUGAGCAAGUGCAUUGCGACAGCUAAAGAGAACGCAGAUGUGCUAGUUCUGAGUAAUGCGUUUAACGCGUUUGCAGGUGACGAUAAUUUCCACCUAGCUUACGAGGCUGUACGCAAAUUCGCGCAUGUCGCUUUGCACUUUCCUGCGUCCUACAUAAUAAUGGGACUCUGUCCGACCUGGUUAGUCAAGAGGGUAGCACCUAACAUACAUCGUAUGUUGCUACUACAACAGGACCUGAGGGGUAAGAUUGAAGAAAUUGUCAAAACCAACAAUGAUAAGAUUCAGAUCAAGUCUCGUCACCCGACCAUAUUCGAUGCGCUACUUAAAAGCGAUCUUCCAUCACAGGAGAAGACAACUCGCCGGCUGGGUGCUGAGGCACAGCAAAUGAUAGGAGCUGGUCUAGAGACGGUGGCUUGGGCAUUGACCACGACUGUCUAUUACCUUCUCGAGAAUUCGCUCACUCUAGAGAGAUUGCGGGCCGAACUCCAAGAAGCUAUUCCUGACGCCACAGCUAUACCAACCUCAGUCCACUUGGAACAGCUUCCGUAUCUGAGUGCCUGUAUUAAAGAAGGGAUUCGACUUUCAUCUGGUGUCUCGGUCCGGCUCCCGCGUAUUUCCCCAAAUGCACCAAUGAGGUAUAAAGGCUGGGAAAUUCCUACAGGCACGCCUGUCUCAAUGACGACAACUGAUGUUCUCUACGAUGAGAAGGUUUUCCCACAGCCUCGUUCAUUCGUCCCAGAGCGGUGGUUAGGUAACCCAAAAACUGCAGAGGGCGAUAGCCUCAAUCAUUACUUUGUCCCGUUCGGCAAAGGCCCCAGAGCUUGCAUCGGAAUCAAUUUGGCAUAUGUAGAACUUCACUUGGCGCUCGCGACACUUUUCCGGCGCUUCACAUUUGAGCUUUAUGGCACCGACCGCUCAGACGUCGAGAUGGUUCAUGACUUCUUUGUACCCUCGCCUAAGCUGAACUCAAAGGGAUUACGGGUUAAGGUUAUCUCUGCCCUGUGA